AUGUUGGGUCGCCCAAUUUCCCGCCCGCUCGUCUCUUAUAUGCGGGCCCGCUUCUUUUUGACCUGUGCUCUUCUUUGCCCCGAGAAGCCUAAAAGCCCACGCCCUCCCGCUACAGAAUCGCCCAGCGAGGUGACCGGUGCGUGGGAGGACAAGAAACCUAUUCCAGAGUCGAACCUGGCCAUCAUAAUAUUCAUCGAAAUGUGUCGUAUGGAUCCAUGCUCAGAGUGGGGAGACGCCGCAAUCGCCCGUGGCAUACCCCAACAAGUGGCCCAGGCACAAUUUCAAUCGAUAGCCGCUGCCUACGAACACUUGCAAAACCCGUUAGCUGGACGCUCGAAACAAUUUGACCAGAGGUUCCAUGAAGAGAUUCGGCGACGGGCGGCCUACCGUGGUUUUAACGUUCGAGAGAUGGAGGCCACUCAUCAUUAUACCUUUUCUAAUAACUAG